AUGUCUUUCGCUCGUACCUUUCUGCGCACCUCGCGCGCGCUGCGCAGUCCGUCGAGCAACCCCAUCCACUGCGCCCUCAAUGCCCAGGGGCAAUCGCACUUCCUGCGAUCAUACGCCACGGUCUUCGAGCGGACAAAGCCUCAUGUCAAUAUCGGCACGAUCGGCCACGUCGAUCAUGGAAAGACCACCCUCACUGCAGCCAUCACCAAGCGCCAGGCCGAGAAGGGCUUCGCAACCUACCUCGAGUACGGGGCAAUCGACAAAGCCCCCGAAGAGCGCAAGCGCGGCAUCACCAUCAGCACGGCACACAUUGAAUACCAGACCGACAACCGACAUUACGCCCACGUCGACUGCCCGGGUCACGCGGAUUACAUCAAGAACAUGAUCACCGGCGCGGCCUCCAUGGACGGUGCCAUCAUCGUCGUGGCCGCCAGUGAUGGUCAGAUGCCGCAGACGCGUGAGCACUUGCUACUCGCGCGCCAGGUCGGCGUGAAGCGCAUCGUCGUCUUCGUCAACAAGAUCGACGCCAUCGACGAUAAAGAGAUGUUGGAGCUGGUGGAGAUGGAGAUGCGCGAGCUGUUGUCGAGCUACGGCUUCGAGGGCGACGACACCCCGAUCAUUAUGGGCUCCGCGCUGUGCGCCAUCGAAGGCCGCGAGCCCGAGAUCGGCGUCACCAAGAUCGACGAGCUCCUCGAGGCCGUCGACACCUGGAUCCCCCAACCGGAGCGAAUUCUCGACAAGCCCUUCCUCAUGAGCGUCGAAGACGUCUUCUCCAUCCCCGGCCGCGGCACCGUGGCCUCCGGCCGCGUCGAGCGAGGCGUGUUGAAGAAGGACAGCGAAGUGGAGCUGGUAGGCAAGAACGCCGCGCCGAUCAAGACGAAAGUGACGGACAUCGAAACGUUCAAGAAGUCCUGCGACGAGAGCCGCGCGGGCGACAACUCGGGCCUGCUGCUGCGCGGCGUCAAGCGCGACGACGUCAUCCGCGGCAUGGUCAUCACCGUGCCGGGCAGCCAGAAGGCGCACCGCAAAUUCCUCACGUCCAUGUACGUCCUCACCAAGGAGGAGGGCGGGCGGCACACGGGCUUCCACAACAACUACAAGCCGCAGAUGUUCAUCCGCACCGCCGACGAGGCCGCCCAGCUGAGCUGGCCCGAGGGCAGCGAGAACGCGCAGCAGGACAAGAUGGUCAUGCCGGGCGAUAAUGUGGAGAUGGUGUGUGAGAUUCACAAGCCGCUGGCUGUGGAGCAGGGGCAGCGAUUCAACGUGCGAGAAGGCGGCAGGACGGUGGCGACGGGGCUGAUUACGCAGAUUCUGGAGUGA